UUGAUUGGCUCAGCCGUAUCAAUCGUCCCCAAUUGGGAAACUUAGCCAAUAGUCAACAAACUUCCCCACUCCAAUAUUGAACAAUUUCUCGACUAGUUUCAGCCGCAUCUAGCUGCCAACGGGUCGUCACGUCCCACCCCGCUCUUCGUUUUCUCUUAUCAUGUCUUUCUUUCAACCUCGUCACACUCCAGCCUCGCGUGUUCUCCAUUUCUUCUCUCCUGGAGAUCGCCAUGGCGGUCCAGCUCCAAAUCACUCUCCCCCCAGAGUGGGCCUCAGACUUUGAUCGCGUCGCUGAGCGAUGGUACUUCUUCCACCGUCCUUCUGGGUAUUGCCAAUAUCCCCUCCCCAAGACCGGCGAUGAGAUUACUCGUGCCGCUGAGCUGGUCCCUCGACUUCCUCCUCGACCUGUGCAGCAAAUCGCGACGACGAUGGAGGCGAUGUUCAUUUCACAAGACAAGCAGCAGAGUGCGGUUACCGCUGUGGCGGUUCAACAGACGCAAUCGACUGCGCCGGUACCAGCUGCUGCUCAGAUUAUUCAGAUGCCACAACAAAUUCAGCAGCCCACAUUGGGACUUGGGAAUACAGUGCAGCAGAAUGUCCCAGGAACACUCCCUGAUCCUAUCCGCCGUGCUUCUGGUUCUGUUGCAAGAAAACCAUUGCGAAAGCCAUUACCCAGGCAAAAUAGUGCCCCGCAACCGCAGCAGCAGCAGCAGCAACAGGCGCAGACGCCAGUACCGCAGAGACAAGAUUCGCAGAUAAGCCCUCGAACCUCCAUUUCCCAACCUUCGAUCCCAGGAACCAUGGUCCAGACACAGCAGCCACUUGCGGCUAGCCCUCGAAGUUCAAUAUCGGGAAGUUCGUUUGCAGAACUUCCAACGCAGCAGUCUCCGCAGCAGUAUACGGCGAGCUCACGAAGCUCGGUUUCGCAGUCUUCGAUCAUGGAGUCAACGGUACAGCUUACCCAUUCACAAUCACUACCCACGAACAGCAUAUCAUAUACAAAUCAAGUCCAACACCAAAACAGCAUUGUGCAGUCUCCACAACAACUGGCCAACCCUCAAUAUUCGAGUACGACAGUUCAGAGCCCAGGAAUAACUCCGAUACAAGAAUGGACAGAGACACAUGGUGAGUCUGGUCAAGCGGCAUCAAUUGAGAACCCCGGUGUAUCACCCUGGGCAGAGGAAUUCGGAGAAGCUCCUCAAAACUCAACACAAUACCAAAGUCCGUAUUCAACAUCAAGCAGGCCCAAACUUGCCAACCGUCUGUCUACCUCCGCAAUCAAGAUGACGAAGAAGUCAAUCGAAGUGUCUAAGAAAUCAUUUGAAUCAUCCAAGGGCUACAUCAAAGCUCAUCCGGGGAAAUCGACUGCAAUCGCUAGUGGGAUCGUUGGUGGAGUUGGCGUCGUCGCUAAUGCGUGUGGGGCGGACGGUCUUUCGGACGCCGUUGCUGCAUCGAAGGUGUAUUUGAACGUCAAGCGUGCCCAGCAGCGGAGACGGAUAUCGCAUAGCGCUCCACAUGGUACAGCUCAAGAUGUUCCUGCUGGAGCUGCUCAGAAUACUGUAUCCCCGCCGGUUACAGCCAGUCCAUCUGCACAAGAGGUCGCUCAUGAGCUUUUCAAAUUAAUGCAGCAGCAGGGUCAAUUACCCCCUAUGGGGCAGAACCCUGCUUCUCAGAACAAUAACAGCCAGCCUCACAACCAAGGAGCCGCAUCGAAUGCUCAAGCUGCUCCCCAGCAGUAUCUCCAACAACAAUAUACUCAACCACAACUCGUUCCUCAACCCCUGUUCGUCCAGCCAGACCCGUCAACAAUAGUUCAACCCUUCGUUCUCCCAUCAACCCAAUUCGCACCACAAACAUCAGACCCUUCCAUCCUAGCCUACCAACCACCUUCUUCGCCAACAAUCCCUGUGGACCCUCAAACCCUACUUCCCCAAUACCCAACCCCACCACUGUCCUUCUCCGACCCCUCCUCGCCAACUUCCUCCCCCUUCGAUCCAUCGACUCUCGCCUACGACCAGAUCCUACAAGACCAAACGGCGACUGCGAUGGCGAGCCAAACUACCCUUGGCCCUCAAACUUUCACGACGAGCAUUACGGAGCAGGAUAUAUCUGUGCCAGGUGAUGGGACGGGGCAGGUGGCGGAGGUGGAGGUGGAUACGACGACUGUUGUUGAUGGGUCGGCGUCUUGGACGGGGCAAAGUGUCACAGUUGCGGAUUGUGAAAGUGAUGGGGAUUAUGGGGACGAUUAUGACUUUUGAGGAUUGGAGGUGGUCGUUCCUGCCUGACUCCGGACCAUUUCUGGAGUUAUCAGGCGUCAUUGUAAGAUCUUACAGCGCAUCUGCAGGUCAUUAAGAAUAAUGCAUCUUCUUGUUCUGCGGACUUGGAUACAUUGUGCACGCUUCUCAACCGGCUGCGUAUGAUGUUCCCAAAGCAUUUGAAGCAAUAGUUAAAUGUCAGGUCAGCUGCAGCCGCUCGACUUAGACCUCGCCUCUCCUUCCGAGAUCUCUAAAGUC